CGCGCGCGCAGGAGAAACCGUGCGCUUUGCAUUCAACACUCAGUUGUAAAGCAACUUUAGAGGUCAUCAAACGCUUUAUAGGGACCCCUUAUAACUUCACACGUCAAAUUAUUUUGACAUAUUUAACAAAACUCGACGAAUAUAACUGAGUUGAAACGUUCCCCAGUGCUGCAGAACAAGUUAAAAGUGCCGUAAUAGUUAAGUGCUACUUGAAAGUUGUCAUAGUGCUAAGAACAUUGUCAUCCCGGUUCCGACGUGUUAAGUUUCGGUUAAGUUGGUUCAAGUUGAGGUUCAAUUAAGCUAGUGUUAAGUGAAACUAUGAGUGGUUGUGAGUUUAGUGAUUGAUACCGGCUUGUGUUGGAUAUGGAAGGAUUGGUCGGCAGUUGAAAAUGUGGGAAAACAUCUCUUACGUCAAAUCUGUGAGGAAAAAGGGGACCAGUGUAUAGGGUCUCGUCAUGUCAAGCGGUAGUUGUUCGGGGCCCGGCGUGUGCGGGGGUGCCCGACGUAGGCCCCCUCCACCGCCAGAGCCAGCCCUGUCUCUAGCUGCCGACCUUAGCGAGCUCAGUCUCGACCAGGGCUACCACACCCUCGCCGACUGCGGCCCACCGAGAAGAAGAAGGGAUAAUACUCUUAAUGAUGCCUUGUGGUUGAAGAUUUUAUCUUACCUUGAGGUAUCAGACCUCUGCCGAAUGUCUCGAGUAUGUCGACGAUGGGCGAGGCUCACCACACGUCUGAUCACGAGACCCGAAGCUUGGAAGAAGGUCAGAGCAGCAGGUCCCUUAGAGAUCGCAGCCAGAUGUGCUGGAGCGCGGGCAGGUCCUUGCGUCAAUUCUGUCAAGGAAUGGCGGUCAAAAAACUGCGCGGUAACAAUAGCGAGUGCCCAGCUGCUGGCGGCCACGUUCAGAAACCUGACACACUUGGCUGUGACGGGAUCCAGUAGCAUGGACGCCAGAGCCAUGGCGCCCCUCAUCACAGACCUCACGGAUUUGAGGCAUAUAGACCUCACAGGUUGUCCAAACGUGGACUGGCCAGACUGGGCGUGGUUGGAGACGCGGCUGGCGACCCGAAGACCUCCCGUGGAGUAUAUAGACCUCACGGACUGUGGGUCAGUGACGGACGCUGGACUCUGCGCGUUACUGCACACCUGCCCUUCUCUGCAGUAUUUGUACCUUAGGAGAUGUACUCUAGUCACAGAUGCAGGCGUUCGGUGGAUCCCAUCGUACUGCGCGUUAAAAGAGCUCAGUGUGUCCGACUGUACAGGUGUCACGGACUUCGGGCUGUAUGAGCUGGCGAAACUAGGGCCGGCACUACGAUACCUUUCUGUCGCUAAGUGUACACAGGUCUCAGACUCAGGUGUCAGAACCUUAGCACGGAGGUGUUACAAGCUCCGCUACCUAAAUGCUCGAGGAUGUGGCGCACUUGGAGACGACGGUGUGGAAGCCAUAGCCAGAGGUUGUUCUAGGCUUAGAGCCCUCGAUCUAGGCGCUACCGAUGUCUCCGAGGCUGGGUUACAGAUCCUAGCACGAUGUUGCCCAAACCUCAAAAAGCUGGCCUUACGAGGUUGCGAGCUGAUCGGAGACGAUGGUUUAGAAGCCGUUGCCUAUUACUGCAGAGGGCUGACCCAAUUGAACAUCCAGGACACACCAGUGACGUUACGAGGGUACAGAGCGGUGAAAAAAUAUUGCAAGCGAUGUGUUAUUGAGCAUACCAACCCUGGAUUCUGUUGAAGAGUUAGUUCAAGAUAUUUUGGUCUUGAAACGGGAGUUAGAAAAUUUAAGUCCCAGAAGACAUUUUCUGGAUGUAUUUUGGAUGUACCUACUGACUUAAAUUAAAAUGUCUUCUGAUUGAAGCACUUAGCUCACGAGGGCAGAAAGGCAUUUUUGCAGACAUUUUCGAUGAAGAAUAUGCUUUUAGUAAUUAAGGUUCUUCUGUCAUUCUGUACCAUUCGAUGGUUGACUGGUUAGACUCAUUAAAUAAAUCCAUUUCUGCACUUAGUGUAGAAUGUAUAAUUGUAGUGUUCAGCAAACGAAAGUUUAGACUUUGCCAUACAAAAAAGGAUCAUAUUUGUGGAGGCAAACGAGUGCAGUUCGUUUUUUAAUAUUGAAUAUUUAAACAUAUUGAUGUCGCCUAUCACCUUGUCUGAAAGAUCUUGGUGAUAGAGAUGAAUCAGAUGUUUCGGUUUAAAUACCUUUCCUAUUUUCGUAUGUAUGUAUUAUAAAUGAGUAUGUAAAAUGUUAGGUAGGUACUAAUAUAGUUUUAUAUAAAUGUAAAUGCUUUAAAUAUAAAAUAACUGAAUAAGGUAAAGUUUUAAUGUAAUUUUAAUAGUUUGGAUUGUAUUUAUGUACAGGGUACAAAAUUUAUUUGGAUUAAGAAGAAAAUUGUAGGUCGAUAAUUUAAUGAGAAAUAAAAUAGAAAAUAUAACAUUGUCAUAGCAAAAUAUUUUUCUGUAUUUUUCACUCUGAGUCAAAUAAUUACGAAAGAAUAUUAGCAAUUUAUUGGAUGUUUCUGAAUUUAUUUCAAUAUGCAAAAAUAGUAGAUAAUUUUUGUAAAAGAAUUUUAUUUUAUAACAAAAUGUAAAAAAUUUGGACAAAUAAUGUGCCAUAGAAUAUAUUUUGUGCUAAAUUAGAUUAAAAUUACAAUCAAACAGUACAAGUUUGGACAUUAAAUUAAAUGUAAGUUGAUUUUACUAGCAAAAACAACUUAAUUUACAGAUACAUCAACUGAUUUUGAACUUUAUCAAGUAUGAUUUAUAGUAGUUAAUAAAAUAAGUAACAGCUACAAAACGUAUACAAAUAUUUCAAAGUACAUUCCAAAUUCUACACAAGCGCCCUCUACUGACAUCGAAAAUAUGAGUGAAACUUUUCUAUUACUAGAACUAAAGUCGUUUUUGCUAUUAGAAACAACAUUAAACUUAUAAAUAUGUAAUUAAAGCUGAUAUCUUCAAAAGAUAUGGCGACUUAGUAUAAAUAAUUUCUCUAUUAACUGAAUUGCCAUUGUUGAUUUAGUGUUUAUUAUUAAAUUAUAUUUUUU